AGGCAUUUCCAGAACGUUAGAAGGGGGCAAGAACUGCCCGAAGGUUGAAGAAGCUAUUGGCAGCAGCAAAUGGAGGCAAAGAUCAGCAAUAAAUCAUUAUUAUUCAGACUCUGUUCUCUUCUCAUGGCAUCCCUAUUUGCCGUCUCUGCUUCCUCUCAACUCAAUGAUCCUGAUUGGUACUUCUGGUUUCCCCUGUACGCAUGUGGUUGCAUCGUGAAUUUGGUCAACGGACUGUCCAAAUUCCCCAAGAUGAGAUUGAGAAUAGUGGCUAAAUUCUCACUUUCGCUUGGGAUUUUCUUAUUCAUCAAACCGUCCAUCGAAGAUCUGGGAAAUGGAACGGGUGCUGGACUCUGGUCUUUGGACAUGCGGGAAAGAGUUGUCCGGGAAAAGCUUGGCAGCGGGCUAGUCGUCGCCUCCAUGUUUCUGAACUUGCAACUACCGUCUUCGAGACAUCUACCAAAAGGCCAAGAAACAAAAGUUGCAAAACUUACUGAACACGGAAUGCUCAUACUGGUUGGGAUUGGUUAUGGUCUGUCCCUUCUGUGCCAUCAGAAGGAGAUGAAGUUCUAAUCGAUGGAACCAUCAGCUCAGAUCCCCCCGUAAUUAACCAAUCCAAUAUUUUGUAGGGUAUUUUUACACACUGUAAAUAACAUGAUAACUUUUUUAUGCUUUGCAACACCACCAAGUGAUGGUAUGAACUGAAGAAUCACUCACUGUUUUCUUCACUCGCUGCAAGCAACGUUCCUUCAAAUGUAGACUUUCUCGACUUUCGCAUAUAGCGUGAAAUAGAUAAUAGACACGAGUAGAAUGGUAGCAGCAGUCAUCAAAUACAGUUGAUUCGAAAAUUGCCAGUCUGAUGUUUUAUGGCAAAAAAGCUUUCCAACUUUCUGUGCAGGCUGAGCAAGAGGAAAAGGGCCAGAAUAAGUGCUCGAAAUUGUCUGCUUUAAAUUAUCAGGGUAGAUAAAAUUUGCUAUACCAGGA